GCAAACACGGUGUUAAUGUAGUGCAUGUACCCACCUUACGGGUAGUAUUUUACUGGUUUGCCGAUAAGAAGGUAUAAUCCACUUUUGCUUGACUGUUGCUAGCCCGUAACAUUUGCCUGACCUUAAAUUCCUUUGUCUCGCUAUAUUGGCAAUGGAUCUGAGGCCAUUCGGUGGAACCUUUGAACGCUCUGCCACACAGAGUUCUACAUUGCUCAGCCAGCCAACCGCCAUCUCUCCCCAUCGAUCUCACCGAAGCCGCCUUACGGUUGCCUCUUAUCAACCUUCGUCUUCAUCAUGCAUGCCAGUCAUCUGCACCAGCGCAACUUCUUCUCGCGCACACAGCAGCGGUCCAUGGGUCCAUCGGGCGCGUGCUUUUCACCACGGAAAAGUUAGCCACGUCCAGUCUCUGGACCCCUUGCAACCACUCUCCAGGCUUCAGCGCGGAUUCAAUACAGUAUCUUCCCAGAGAAGCCGCUCCCGACUCACUUGCCGAGCCGGCCUUCCGGAACAGAUCGACUCCACGCUGCGAAGCAUUAUUACCAUCAGCUCUGUCGUGGGCAUCAGCUAUGCCGUACUGCUAGCCGCGGUUUCGGAGCCGCCACCCCCCGCAGCAACGCCUUUGCCGCCUUCCUCGGACCGGCGGGCGCUCGGAACUAGCGGGAAACCUGCAACCGGCGGCACUGCUGGCAAGCAAGCGGGUGGUGCCGGAGGUGCUUCGGAGGACAACUUUGUGUGGGGCCUUAUGGGCUUCAUCAGCUGCCUGCCGUUAUUCGAUUGGCUGGCCUGGGUGCUGGCUGCUCUGAGUGAUGAGGAGCGGGCCGCCCUGUACGGCACCUACGCGGCGCUGUACGGCAGUCCGCUGCUGCUGCGCGGCCUGUCCUGGCAGGACCCCUGGGCGCUGCUCAUGGUGGCGCUGUGCGUGGUGCAUGUGCAGGCUGAGCGUAUUGCCCAGACGGAGCCCGAGACGCUGCGCUCGCUGCGGCCGGUGGGGG